AUAUCUCGACGAACCGUCCGUAACUUUUCGUCGCUCCGAGUCGGCGAUCAAGAGCGGCGACGGACGGCAGAAUUCGGCCGCAAAUCGCCUCCACUCUCGGCCGACGGCUCUAAUGCAGGCCGAACGAUGCCAUUCGAAGACCAACCCGAACGAACGAAGCCGCCGUUCCCGCCUAUUUCGAGACCCGCCGGCUCUCACAAGGGCCGGUUUCAUUGCCUACCUACACAUGGAGCUGGCGGAGGGUGAGAGUACCAUCACCAUGCCAGGCACCCUGUGGUGCUACAUCUGUGGCAAAAGGGUGGGUUCGUCGGCGCGCUCGUCCACCAACAUGUUCCAAGUGACGACCACUUCGAGCAACCAACUGCUGCACAAGUGUCUGGGAAACAUUCUGGAGCAGGACUUGGCCGAGGAGCAGGUCCCGACCUCGAAUUUGUGCAAGGCGUGCCACAAAAUGCUGCUGAGCAUAGACGAGGUGGAGACGCAGCUCAACGACAUGAAGGAGGAGGUUGUCGGCAAGUUCAAAAAGACCGAGGCCAUGCUGAAGAACGGCGAGUUGCCUCCGGCCGACGACCAAGUGCUGCCGGUCACCAAGGGCAAGAGUGGCAAAAUUUCCAUUUUCAUCAAGCAGGAGGCGGCGGAGCAGGCGGAGGAAGGGGUUGUUGCGGAGAAAUCAAUCGAGCCGCCAAAGAAGUCGAGGGGUCGACCGCCCAAAAAGGCGUACACCCUAGCAGCAAGAAAGGAUACGGACUCGGACAAUUUAAUGAAGCGGUUGGAGGAAAUUCACGGUGAAGAAAAGAAGGGCGAGGAGAAGCAGAUUAUUGUCCGGGUUGCCUCUGACGAGGAGGACGAUGAGGAGGCUAUGGCAGACCUGGGCAACGACAGUGACCCUGACUUUGAUUCCUCCCAGGCCGAGAGCACCGAACCUCUGGCCAAGAAAUCGAGAGCCCGUGUCAUUAAAGUGGCCAGCAAGAGGGCAGGAGGCCCCAUCAAGAAAAGGGGCAGACCCCGAGACAGCGAUUUGGGCAUUGACGAUACCAUCGAGGAGGAGGAAGAGGAUGAGGUUGAGGAGCCGUCGGCUCUGCUGAAUUGCUCGGCCUGCGAAUUGAAAUUCACAGAGAUCCAGAAAUUGAUAAACCACUUGAAGAAAACCCACGACAUAAUUGUUUACAUGUGCCCGUUUUGUGGUGGCGAUUAUGAAAAUGCAGAGGCACUCGAAGAGCACCAGAAAGAGGCUCAUCCGCCAGAAGAGUGCGACGAAGAAAGCAACCCAGAGUAUGACGCUGAGCUUGACGCUGAAGGCGAUUUCCAGUGCGAAUUGUGUAACAAGCUUUUCAACACAAUGCGUUUAUUGAAGGACCACAAAAAAGUGCACUACGGCCGUCACUUCGCAUGUGACAUCUGCCACAAAAGGUUUUCUUCUAAAAUGCUUCUCACCGAGCAUGUUAUAUCUCACGACGGGCAGCGGCCAUUCGAGUGCAGCACAUGUGCAAAGACCUUUGCAUCCAAGUACUGCCUCAAGGUGCACCUGAAGACGCACCAGGUGCGCCCUCGGCCUUACCAGUGCGAUAACUGCCCCAAGAAUUUUAUGAAACCGGAGCACUUGGCCCAGCAUGUUCGCACCCACACAGCCAAAAAGGACUACCUGUGCCAAACAUGCGGCAAAGGGUUCGCGAGUGCGCGCAACCUGGAGGUGCACGCUGUUGUGCACACCGGCUACAAACCCUUUGUGUGCCGAACGUGCGGGAAGGCGUUUGCAAGAAGGGCCGAAAUCUUGGACCAUGAAAGGAUCCACACCGGCGAGCGACCCUUCCAGUGCGAGACCUGCGGCGCCACCUUCAGCCAAAGGUCAAACCUGCAGAGCCACAAGAGGGCCACUCACCUCGACGACCGCAGAUUCGUCUGCCCAGAAUGCAACAAGAGCUUCAAGCGGCGGAGGCUCCUGGAUUAUCACAUGCGCUCGGUGCACACAGGGGAGCGGCCGUACCAGUGCGAAGAGUGCAACGCCACCUUCGUUUAUCCGGAGCACUUCAAGAAGCACAAAAGAAUCCACACCGGCGAGAAACCCUUCCGCUGCGAAGUUUGCGGGAAAGCGUUCAACUCGCGGGACAAUCGAAACGCUCACCGCUUCAUCCACUCGAACAAGAAGCCGUACGAGUGUCUGGUGUGCGGAAUGGGCUUCAUGCGCAAGCCCCUGUUGUACAGCCACAUGCAGUCGCAGGGCCACGUCCACGACACCAUUGUGGUCAACCAGCCGCAAGUGCCUCAAGGUGCCAGCACCAUGGUCCACGAAGCUGCGGCAGCGGCUGGAAUUUCCGGAGACAAGGUCUACAUCACCACUCAGGAUGCGGAUGGCAUUGAGGAGGCUGUCGAAACCAUUCUGAUCGAGACGCCAAUGCAGUUUGCGGAGGGAGGGACUGUGGAAGUGAGCGGGGACGGUCCUCGGGCCAUCAUCCUGCACUCGGCCGAGGAGGUCAAGGACGGCAGCAACGUGCAACUUGUGCAGAUCAGACUCGAGGGCGACGACACGCCACAGUGGAUCAACAUCACCUCGGAACUCACAGAAGAGGAACAGAUGGAAGCGUGAAAUAAUCAAGCUCUUUUAAUUUAUCUAGCGUUUAUUGUGUACCAAGUUUGCUUCAAAUUGAUAGCCUUACAAUUAAAUAGGAUUAAAUCAAGAUGAGUAGUCU